AUGUCUGACGGCGAAGAGGAGUACUUUGUCGAAGCCAUCCUAGACCACAGAUAUAAUGAGGUCACAGGCACGCUGGAAUUCAAAAUCAAAUGGGAAGGAUAUGAUGAAAUAGGAUGGGAGCCCUACAAAAAUCUGACGGGCUGCGACGAACUUCUCGAUGAAUACUACCACAAAGUGAACGGCGGCCGCAAACUGCCCAAGCACCAGGCGCCAAAACCAGACAAACUAGGUCGCGCCAAAAAGAAAACCAGGAAACCCGCGAAACCCAACCGCCUAGUACCUUUCGACGUCCUCGACGACUCCACCGCCCAAGACGGCGACGACGACCUCGAUCUCAUCCACGACACAGCAAACGGCAGCCACAACGACGAAGUCGACGACUACAGAGACCAGAUCACCAGCACGGGCGACAUCCCGGUUCCCAGGAAUUGGUUCACGCAGAUUGAGAAAAUAACCGGUGUCAGGUUCUUAAGCAACGAACCCCUGCAUUACGACAUAAUGCUCAAAAACAACUCUAUCAUUAUGGUAGGCAGCGAUAUACUGCAGUCUGUUGCUCCGAGAGUGCUCAUAAAAUAUCUCGAGGACCACAUAGCCAUCGAAAAGAAACCGGUUACUACAGCCCCGGCUGCAGCUGAAGACGAUGAUGACGAGGUGUUUGCUGAUGCUGUUUCCGCUUCUCCUUGA